UAGUUGCACUUCAAGAUGCGGCGAUUAUUGCCACUAAUUCUAGGAGUCGCAUUUGGCAUCCUUGGCAGCCGGGCUGUUUGUAGAACUUGUGGCUCGGUUAGUGAUGUUGCCUGCAUUUCUGAGACGCAAUUUCAGUUUUGCAUGAACAAUCAACUCGUUGCACCUGUGUACUCCUGCCCCACGGGUAGCUAUUGCACCAACCAGAUAUCCAUUUGUCAAAAGAACGAAACACUCAAGGCUUGUGGCAGUUGUGGUCAGUGUGAUAAUCAGCACAGGUUUGCCUGCACUGGCGUUCGCAGUUUUGCUCUGUGCCUGGGCACAAAUACCUCAAGCAACUGCACAGGCAUCUGUGAUCUGGGUUAUGUUUGCAAUAGGGACUUACAUUAUAUCUGUGGCAAUGCCCAAACGACAAUACCCACCUGCACAGUGGCACCAACAAUAACAACAACAACAGCAACAACGACAACAACAACAACAUCAACAGCGAGCACAACAAUAUCUCUCGAUAAUUUUUGUCGUAUAUCUUUCCAUGGAGUUUCCAUCCAUGCGAUUCCCAAUGACACACAGUGCACCAGUUACAUCAAUUGCAGAUACUAUAUACAGUCGUGGGUAGGCCGCAUUGUUGAUUGCCCGCCAACGGAACCCUAUUUUGAUGGCACGACUUUGUCUUGUGGUAACUCGAGACCAACUCAACCUGGCUGUCGGUAAUUUUAUAUGUUACAUUUUCAAUAUUAUAUGAAGCUUAUAUUUCUCGUACAAUUUUAAUUGCUCUGACUUUGAAUAAGUUUUGUGUAUCGGUGUCUGUGUAGAUAAGAUCAUAAACUUACGAAAGCAAUUGAAGUCUUUGUGACAGCUGCGAAAAUAAUAUGUUAAAUAAACAAAAUACAGCA